AUGGCUCCAGCGCUGCCAGAUGACAUCUUGCACGUGCUUUGUGAGGAGUUGGCAAAUCUUCGACAAUUUGACACACUCUUCAACUGCGCUUGCGCCAGCCGUGUGUUAGCAGCACCUGCACUUACUAACCUGUAUCGGUCACACCACGAGGCGCCGAUCAGAGGUGGGGGUGACGAUGCCCUAGGUAUUCCACUUGGUCAAAAGCUUUUGAUCAUCCAGCGAUGGUCCAUCCUAUGGAGAUCCAUCGUCGCCUCCAGUCUUGAUGCCACUUUGUUCCCAUACUGCCGUUACAUCAAGACUCUAGACUUUCGCGAUCUAGGAAAUCUCUUUGGUGACGAUCAGUUCCGCAACAAAAUCGCGAAGCAGUUUUUCUCAGGUUCUCUGAAGCAGUUUGAAAGAACAUAUUCAUGGAAGAAUGCUUCGGGGAAGAAGAUAACCGGUCUGAUGGACGCUGAUACUAUCGAAGCUAUCGGAGAAGCUGUCACUCAACAUACGCCCAUGCUCGAAACGAUAAGUGGUGAACUAAAAUCAGAUGCGCUCGUCCGGUGGACCUCUCGACUACCUCGUCUACAGAGCCUGGAACUUUUCGACGGCAAACCCCUUGAGAACCCAUUGGUACAUGCAUCGCUCCAUGAGUAUUGUUCGAAAUUCAAUACGCUCAUGAUCUAUACAUGGUCGCUAGCAGAUCUGUUGUCCGAUGACCGCGACCACAGAUUCGCCGAGUUCCUGAGCUCGAUGCGGGCCAACUCAUUGAAGUCACUCCAAACAAUGCAUGACAUAGGUGCUGAUGCAGAGACGUUCUUGGCACUGAGCCACCACGGCGACUCAUUGGAAGAUCUUGGAAUGUACACUUCGAAUGAAUCUUUGUCGCACUUGUCCAUGCUUCAAGGCUGUACGGCUCUGAGGCAGUUGCGCAUCGAAGACACUCAUGGCGUAGUAGACCUUGAGGCAACUCAGAACGAUGUAUUCUUGGAUACUAUAGCCUGGCUCGGGAAGUGCAAAGAUCUGCGGAGCAUUCGCUUUUCGAAUUUCGCAUCUGGAGCAGCUGUUAUCACCCCUGUGCUCUUGGAGCACGAUGUGCGGCUGGAGCAUUUGGAAAUCGACUCGUACAUCCUCAAAGACCACCAAACUUUCCAUCAAGCGCUGGUCCACCAGCAGGCGAAUCUGGUCGAGCUCUCCUUGAACGGCGACACAGAUGGGAUGUUCCGAGAUGAUAUCGAUAUACUUGUCGAUUCGUUGAAACAGCUGAAAGCGAUGCAACGACUUUCCCUUUCAAUUUUCGAAAUAUUCCGUGACGAGCACGUCAUUGCUAUCUUCCAAGAUCUGAAGCAGCUUGAGACAGUAUAUGUCAGUGGCUUGGAGCUUAAUGAUGUUGUCCUGCCGACAAUCGGAGGUCUGCCCAACCUGCGAGACGUCACCUUAUCGGGCAUCUCCAAAUUCUCCGUUGAUGGGCUCUUUGAUUUCAUCUCAAUGCUUGGUCCCGGAAACCAAGGCAUUCGUAUCACGAUCGACCAGGCGGACCCCAACACUGCGCUGACUGAAGAUAAUCAGACGGUGCUGGGUGACUACCUCGCGCAGCAAGUAGGAGGUGCAUUCGAUUACACGCUAUACAAAGAUCCAUACAUCUCGGAGUUCGAGGGGGACUCGGACUGA